AUGGAAAAGGAGAAGCUCCCUCCUGUAAACGUAUCCAAACCCGACGAUGUGGAAGUCGGCCAGGUCUCCUCGCUCGACGAAGCCGAGCUCUUCCUCCACGAGCACGGCGUCUCCCACGAACAACUUCAGGCCAUGCUCGACGACCCCGUCCGGACGAGGAAAUUGAGACGACGCAUUGAUCUGAUCUUGCUCCCGCUCAUGUGCGGCACAUACUGUCUUCAAUACAUCGACAAGCAGGCCUUAUCGUACAGUGCGGUGUUUGACUUGUUCACCGAUGCCCAUAUCGACAGUAACCAGUACAGCUGGCUUGCCAGUAUCUUCUACUUUGGGUAUCUGUUCUGGGAAUACCCGGCCAGUUAUAUUGCACAGCGGCUGCCGAUUGGCACCGUUGUGUCGAGUUUUGUAAUUGCCUGGGGUGCGAUUCUCAUGAUCACCGCGGCCUGCCAUAACUUCACGGGGAUGGCUGUGUGUCGGUUUUUGCUGGGGUGCUUUGAAUCGCCAAUCACUCCGUGUUUCAUGAUGAUUGUGGGCAUGUGGUAUGUUCGUCAAGAGCAGCCCUUCCGCGCAGGGAUCUUCUACUGCUGUAACGGGGUGGGGUCGAUGGUUGGUGGACUCAUCACCUACGGCAUCGGCCAGAUGGACGGCUUUCCCGUCUGGCGCGCUGUAUUCCUCAUCUGCGGUGGCGCCACCAUCCUCUGGGGAAUCCUGAUGCUGCUCUUUCUCCCGAACAGUAUCCUCUCCUCGAAACGCUUCUCCGUGGAAGAAAAGAUCAUGCUCGUUGGCCGCGGAAAGCAGAACCAGACUGGUAUCCUCAACCGCUCAAUCAAGUGGUAUCAGAUCCGCGAAGCCCUCAUCGACCCGCAAGUCUGGCUGUUGUUCCUGUUCACUCUUCUGAAUGAGACCGUCAACGGGGGUGUAGCAAACUUCGGCAAACUCAUCAUCCGCGGCCUAGUCUCCAGCUCGCUGCUAACCACGGUCCUGAGCAUCCCCCAAGGCGCCUUCCAGGUCUUCUUCAUUCUGUCCGGCACAUACCUCUCCUCGCGCGUCAAGAACAUCCGCACGGUCAUCAUGGCCGUGUAUCUCAUCCCGACGGUGAUCGGAGUCUGCCUGCUCUGGCAGCUGCCGCGGACGAAUCGCUACGGCGUGUUGUUCGGAUACUACAUCGUCGGAUCCUUCGUGACCUCGCUCGUCCUCGCGCUGCAGAUGCCCUCCAGCAACAUGGGCGGCUACACCAAGCGCGUCACGGCCACGGCCUUUGUGUUCCUGGCCUACUGCAUCGGGAAUAUCAUCGGCCCGCACGCGUUCCUGGCCGACGAGGCGCCCGUGUACGCGACGGGGUGCAAGUUGAUCCUGGCGUGUGCGUUGUGUCAGAUGGUGAUCGCGGGGAUGUUGCGGGUGCUGUUGGCGCGGAGGAAUCGUCAGCGAGAAGUGGAAUCAGGUGCCACUGCUGAAAGGGUAGGAGAGGAAGGAGAGGUGAUGGCCGAUUUGACGGAUUUCGAGAAUCCGCAAUUUCGCUAUGUUUUUUAA